AUGAGCCUUGUUAUGGUUCAUUAUAUCGGUGCAUUGAUGGCUUUUGGAUGUGGCCUAGUAUAUACUUGGGCCCAGACACUUUUUAGUUAUUGGAUGCAGCCAAGAUUUGCAAAAUCUGCAAUACCACAUUGUCGCUUAUUUCUAAGCUGUUUAUCAACUAUUUUCUUCAUUACUGUGGGAAUAUUUGGAACAAUACUUGGUCAACAGCCAAAAAAUUGGUUCGGCCGUAAACAACUCUAUAAAUGGACACCUGAAAGUCCGCAUUAUGUGGAACAUAUGAUUGCUACUUGCUCGGAAUGGUUGCUAGCAAUUUGUUUCGAAUUUUACAUUCUUACUUUUGCAAUCGAAUUCCGUCAUGCAAGUUGUCAUGCACCAAAGCUAAAACUUCACUUGGAUACAAUCAAUCAAACAAAGCAUAUCGAACUUCUGGGAUCUCACAAAAGCUACUGGUUAAAUAAGACUUGGUGGGUAUUGGAAAGUCGUAUGGAUGACCAGAAGCAGUUGUUUUUGUUUGCAUUCCCAGUUCCAAGUAAUGAGGAUCAUUUAAUCGAUCGUAUAAAGGAGGCAUCAAGUGCUCGGAAUCAGCAUGGCGCUGUAUCAACAGCAGCAUUAGCUAACAUUGAUGCUGAUAGUAUUGCGCAGCUUGUUGUUGGCCCGAAUCAUGUAGCAUUUCUAUUCAGGUGUGGUCGCGUUGCUCGAUUAAAAUACACUUUAACAACUGCUACUAAAGAGGAAAACACUAGCGAUGACAAAAACUCAACUGGAACAGGCGGAGGUGUCGGUUCGGCAAGUAGUGGUAGUGGUAGCGGACCUACAACAGGUAGCAGUGGUUCAUCUACCAGUACUGUAUUAAGUCGUGGUGCAAAAAUUAGACGGGUAAUGAUGGCAGCGAGACGGACAGCAGGUGCAUUGGGCGAACGUGCGGGUGUGAUUGUUGAUCGAAGUCGACCGCUUGUCCCUCUUAGUGCCAUUCCCGAAGAUCUCAUUGCUCAAGCCCAGGUUGUUUUACAAGGGAAAUCACGUGAGGUUAUUGUACGCGAGCUUCAGCGAACGAAUCUCAAUGUAAAUGAAGCUGUAAAUAAUCUGCUCAGCCGUGAUGAUGAGGAUGGGGAUGAAAUGGAUGAAGGUUCUGAAGCGUAUCUCCCCGAGGAGCUUUUGUCGUUGUUGGAUGCUGGAUUGCGAAGUGAUUCUCAUGGGAGUGCCGUAAUUGAUGGUGACAAUUUAUAUGCAAGUGGCGAAAGUUUUGAUUAUGUUGUAGCAAGGGAUAUUGCUCGAAGACGAGUAGAUAGGGAUAAAAAAAGUGACAAAGCAAAAGAAUUUUCUUCCGAAACUUAUACGCGUUUAAAAUAUGACGAAAAAUUGCAGUAUUGGGGUAAAGAAACGGAUAUGUUUCCGACGGGUGUAACGAAGUUUGUGAAAAUAGCUGCUAUGAAUAGUGAAUUAAUCGCUUUAGGCGAUAAUGGAUUUUUCUAUAGUUGGUCAUGGAAGAAUGACGGGCACGGUUCAAUGACCGCGCACCCCUUUGGUACCAAGCUUUUGACUAAUGCACCGGAUGAAGAAAAAUUUGUAGAUUUAGUAUCAUGUGCAUAUCGUGCAUGUGUUGUAACAAAUAUGAAUAGGGUAGCAUCAUUUAUGGAUGGCGAAGCAUGUGGUAUGAAGGUAGCUAACGUGCUAUUAACACCACUAAUGGAAAUACCGGAUGGCGAAAAAUAUGCAUCACUAUAUGUAUGUCCGAUGUAUUGUCUAGUGAAGACACAAUCGAAUAGUUGUUAUUGGUGGGGUAUUUAUCCAUUUAAUGAAAGACGGAAAUUAUGGGAGCGGAUGCGUUCAAAAGCGCGUCGCAGUUCAAAUCUUGCAUCACCCGAAGUGGUUGAGGGUUGCGAAGUUCGGACGAAGUCACAUCCUAUAUACACGACAGGCUCAAUUGCUUUGAACUUCAGCUCUGGAACACCAAUGGUUGGCGCUUUAAUGGAAUCAGCUUGGACGCUGUCUGAAUUAUGUAGGUUUCGAGUAAUGACACCAGCACAGCACGAUGAGAAUAGCGAUGAUGACGGUUCGUGCCUCAAUUCUUCUGCGCAUCAGUCGACUGAUAAAAAAGGCUCCUUAAAUCAAUACGGUAAAAGGCCACGUGAAGAGCAGAAAGGAAAUACUUAUCGGGAAACUGCAUGGGCACUUAAUGAAGUCAUAUUCAUCCACAAAGAAACCUCACAGGAUACAGCCAUCGUGAAAAUUGUUGAUGGAGCAUAUUGCGGAAUUGUAUAUAGACCGGUUGUCUCAAAUGAUUGUGGUGACGCAGUCAGUCAAAAUCAAGAUGCAUGUGAUUUAGGAAAAAUUCGACUGAUGCGCAAAGAUGAUCUUGUUGUUGUAACACCAAACAGCAAAAUACCUUGCUGUCCUGAGAAUUUUCAAAAGCAUAUGCAGAAAAUACAACUGCCGGGCGGUAUAUCAAUGAAAAAAGUGCACUCUUUGACUAUAGACAAUACCGGCUUACGGUUAUUGAUCGAAAGACGUGGACGACUUCAUUUAAUUCGUAUCAGUGUAUUUGGUAAAAUACAAAGUGAUCACGUCUUGCCAGUGAAUGUUUCAGCAGUAUGCAGCGCUGGAUUGCAUUUGCCACGACUUGAGAAUUACGGAGAUGAAAUGAUCAUGAUGAUAAGCGACAGUAACGGUUCAAUAAUACCGAUGGUGCGUGAUGCAACGGGAGGGUUUCGUGAGCCAGUGUAUUGCGGUUUACCCAAAAUACAUAAUUUUGCAGUUGGUUUACGGCCAUUGGAUUCUGGUGAUAAUGAAAAUACUUCAACAACUGCCAAUGAUGACUCAUCAUCAACAUCGCGGAAUGCAAAUCGUACUGGAAUUAUGGUAACUUUAAUUGCCCCAUCACCUUCAAGCAUUCGUCCUCGAAUACCAUCUCUAAUGCAGACUGUUUUGUACUGCGAUUUACAGGGUGUGGAUUUGGUGCUUGAUGCACUUUCAAAAGAAGCAGAUCGUGAGGUUGUAAAAACCGAGAUUUUGAGCUCUCGUGCAGAUGGGAAUCGAACCAUUCUUCAUGCCGCAGUCAUGAACAGUUUUGCAACGACUAACAAGGAAGAGGCAGACACAAUGGAAAUUUCAGUUGAUACAGAAAAUAAACCUUUGCAACGUUUAACAGCUAUCGAUAUGUCAGCUGCGGAAGAAACUCGUACCGCAUUUGAUAGCCGCUGGCAGCGUAUGUUAAGACGCCAUGGAGCUAAUGCAGAGGAAGAAAUGUUAAUACGAGAAUUAAUGGCAAAUAAUCCAUUGCGGAGACCAGGUCACGACGUUGGCAACAUGGAAGAUGUGUUGGCAGAUUUUGCGAGGAGCUUGAAAGAUGCGAAAAAAUCAUCUGUUUUCAUAGAAGAUAUGAAAGAAGAAGUAUCCAUGCCAAUUAUUGUUAAUGCGAAUAAUGAACCGAAAAGUCGACAGUGCAACUCAAUAGAAAUUGUGAAAACUCUUUGCUAUAACUCUACUGUGGCACCAUUUCUUCUCGAAUUGCUAACGACGAAAGAUAUUAAUGGACAUACACCUUUCAUGUGCGCUGUUAACUAUAGAGCAUAUACGGCUGCCUUUAUCCUGUGGCUUGCUGCUGAAGAGUUACAGAAGGAAGCACAAAUCGCUGGUUCUCAAGGCAAGAGACAGUCAGCUGAUGCAAUUUUAAAUUCUAUUAUAUAUCCAAUAGGGAGUAGACCGGAUGAUUCACCUCUAUUCAUGCUUUGUAUGAAUGAUACGUGUAGCUUUACAUGGACCGGUGAUGAACAUAUCAAUCAGGACAUAUUUGAAUGUCGAACAUGUGGAUUAGUUGGUACAUUGUGUUGUUGUACGGAAUGUGCUUAUACUUGUCAUCGCAAUCAUGAAUGCAGACUGAAAAGGACGUCUCCAACAGCUUAUUGUGAUUGCUGGGAGAAGUGUUCCUGUCGAGCCCUUGUUGCAGGCAAUACACCACGUCGAGAAAAACUGAUAUCCGUCUUGCUCAACAGUACAGAUCUCAUUCAUCGUACGAAUUCUAGAGGAGAACAUUUAUUAUUGUUUUUGGCACGAACAGUAGGAAGACAGAUUAUUGAACAGGAACAUUACCAGCGCCGAAUGAUGAAAAAGUCUCAGGGAGCUACUGAUACCACUCCGGAGCAUGAUCUGGAACCACCGAAAUUUGCACGCACUGCUUUCGCAAAAAUGUUGGCUGACUGGCGUGCAGUUAAAAGCCUGAUAAUGUUGGGUGUUAAGGGUGUGCAAAAUGAUGCGCUAGUGGUAGAAGAAGUGUUUCAUUUAAAUCAACAACAUGGAUGCUCACAUCUUGACAAAUUUGCUUUUAUUUUGUUAGCGAAAUGCUCAGAAACUCAUAUUGAUACUUUACUGAAUACAUUGAUAUCAGAAGCAAAUAAGAACAACGAAGAUAUGAAAAGAGACCCCGACAUCGAUUCUGUUAUUUCACGCUUUGUGCGCGCAGUUAUCAGGAUGUUUAUGCUUUUGACAUUGUUGUCACCGGCAGCCAUAACAGUUGCCACAGCUACAGCAAGUGGUAUUUCACAAGUGGUUGCAUCCGGAAACACUCCACCAAGGCGAAUCUUUGGUCCUGGCUUGCAUACUGUUAGCUUCACUGGCUUGUUAUCACUCGUUCGAUCGACAAGUGGACGUGAAAGUUCUGCCGCUAAAGAAGCAAAGAAGAAAAACGUGACUAAUUUUGUUUUGAAAUGUCGCCGCAUAUUUCAAACUUUGUUGAAUUAUUCGAUCAACGAACUGUGCAAUAUGGCUGAUUCUUUGAUUGCUCCUGUGCGACUUGGAAUAAUCAAACCUACUUCAGUCAUUGCUCAGAAUAUUACCAGUGAUCCUCUUGAUGUGAUAGAAAAGUUUUUGAAUUCAAAAGUUGAUUUGUCAACAGUUAAUACGGCCGGAGAUGAUAUUGCUGUAGUUAAGUUCGGUCGAAAACGAAAGCGUAGUACACGAAGGGAAGGAGACCAUGGUGAUGAAGAGAUACGAGAAGCGGCGCAACCGCAUAGUGCACCAGAAAGUGACAAUUCAAGCGAUUCAGAUAGUGAUGAGUCACGUCCUACACGAAGUCAAAGUUAUGUCGGUGAGGUGUACAAUGCACUUAGAAACGAAGCAUCAUCCGGUAACUAUGAUGGCGAUGAACUAUUCAGUAUGUCUGAGGAAGAUCCAGAGGAUGAUUCAGUAGAAUCAGUUAGUUCACCAGCUGAGCAAGAUGAUGAUCCAACUAGUCAAGGCAAUGAUCCUAACAUUGAUGAGGAAGAUGAGGAAAAUGAUGAUGAUGGAAAUGGUGAUGAUGAGCAAGAAUUCGGGAAUGAGGAAGACGAAGGUAAUUACGAAGAAGGUGAUGAAAAUGAAAAUGAUCGUUAUGAACAAGAAGGAGAACAUGAGGGUAACGAAGAGGGAAAUGGUGAUGGUGAGGAUGAGGAAAUGCAGGUGCAGCCAAAUGAGGAAGAUGAUGUACCAGAAAGUGGUGAUGGUACUAGCGAUGGAACAUAUGGUGUAAGAUCACGACAUGUACGACCUAAUGAACGCAGAACGAACCAGUCAUCGCGGAACACACGAGGUACGAAUAAUCUAGCUGGUGAACAACAGCAGGAUACAGCAGCACCUACUGACUCCAACAAUGCGUCACAACAGCGUGUUCGAAAUAAUGAAGCUAACAAUGCGAAUCGUAGUAGUGAUGCCACUUCGGGAAGAGUAUCCGGCGUAACAAGUGGGCGACAUAAUACAAUACCUCUGCAAUGGGCAAUGCGUCGUAUGGCCUCGAAUGUUGAGCGAUCGACCGCAGCACGACGUAGUGACAACAGCGAAAAUCGAGAAUCAAAUCCAGGCUCUUUGGCAAACUCAAAACAUUUGCGAGAAUCAUCAGAAGAUGCUGCCACUUCAGUAACUAAAACAAAUCAGCAACUUGCUUUAUCAUUUUCACUUAUUAUCAGGUUGAUUGUUGACUUAAUGCCAGUGCUUGUGGAUCACCGCGAGUUUGUGAAAAGCUCAUACACUCUUAUACCAAAAAUGCUGGAGUUGAAUGAUGCUGUUGUAAUUGCAGUUCGUCGACUAAUAGAAGAGCGUUUGUAUGUUGUGUGGCAGUGGAUGGAAACAGUUAUGGAUCGAACUGAAGCUCAAUUGCGUUUUGGAAACGCAUUGAUGGCAUCACCAGCUAUUGCUGCAGUGCUUCGUAAAGAGAAGAAACUAUCCCUUAAAAAGGGUGACGAUCGUGACACUGAAAGGCAUAGUCCUCGACCUGGAUCAGGAAAUCAUUCCAGUACACCGGUUCCUAGACAAGAUUACACCCCUGGAUCUACUACUGCAAAUAGCAAAAAAGAUGAACAGAAUUCAGAUUCGACAGCAUCACUGGAAGACUUCUUUGACUAUGUAACAGCGCUGAUGCGUUCUCAUGCUUCUGAAAACGGUGAUGAUGUUCCGAUCAUCGAGUUUAAUGCAUUGAAAGCUCUAGCUUUUGUGGCUGAUGCAUAUUUAUCGUUAAUAGAUAUGCUGGAAAAGUUAGACGCUAGAAUUGCAUUGGGCUUAAAUUCAGUUGAAAGCAUCACGAGUGACAAAGAAGUUAUCGACAUGUUUCAAAAUGAUGAAGCUUCCGUUGCUGACGGUAGCAAAUCAAGUGUGCAAGCAGGUGCACCAAUAACCGAUUUUUUCCAGCGUUCCAAUUCACUUCUUUAUCCGGGUAUUGCAUCAUCAUCUAAUUACCAUGCAUUUGAACAUAAAUGUGUCGAUUCUUUGGUGCUAGCCGAACGUCCACAACUUUUGAGACCAGAUAUUGAAAAAGAGGAAAUGUUUGGGUUACCGAUAAAGCAUAAGACUAUUUCUGAACACAGGAAAAAUGUUCGAGAACACGGUGCAAAGUAUCCAGCACAUCAAGGACUGGCUACUCCAUGGUCUAACUAUCACGAACUGUUGCCUAUAAAUACAAGUGAAGAGAAAGAGAUUCCAAUAAGUGGACUUUCACGUCCCAAUGUAAUCGUUCAUUCGAAGAAUAUGUCUAAUGAACCAAUAGUGCAAGGGAAACGUCGGCGAUUAUGUUCGUCAUCUGCUGUCCCACCACCUCGUGGUUUUGUUGCAAUACAAUUGGAAAGUUUGAAAAGUGCGUUACAUCGCAGUAAUCAAAGUCAUGUGCACAAAUCAUUGGCACGGUGGAAGAACACUUUAAAUUUGAUGGCAAAGGCAUUUAGCGAUCAACUUUUAAUCGCCUGUGGCGGUGAAGUUACGGGUUCAAUGCUUUUGAGUGAAAUGGCCGGUUUUUUGGUGCGUGAAGCACAGUUUCGUAAGAAGAUGGAAAAGUUUAAGGCAGCACAAAGCAAGGAUAUUGUUUUCGAGAUUGAACGAGACAAGCAUGAAAUGAUUGCACAGACAAUACGUCAAUUGAACGUGCAUUAUUCGCGUCGUGUUAGCAGUUCGUCGUCGGUAAAUUCGACACAGAGCAACAGUACGGAUUCUCCUCGAGAGUUUGGUUCUGUAAGAUCGGUGAGACUGGUUAAUCUUUCAUGGGCUAGCGCAAGCAAUAAAGACGAUUCUGAUGCACCUCCUCUUGCAUGCCAUAAGGUAAAAGUUACUUUCAAAAAUGAGCCUGGAGAAGGAAGUGGUGUAGCAAGAAGUUUCUAUGCAGCUAUUGCUGAUGCAUUCUUGACAAUGAAACGUUUACCAACAGAAACACAAGUUUUAGCUGCUUUUGGUAGCUCACCUGGUGAUGUUCCACCGUCGUCGGGUAAUCGUGGAUCUGGUCGCGGAAGUUAUCGUGACCGAAGUGCAAUUCUUCUGAAUAGUUUGUCAGUGGCUGGAAGACGGCGAAGUUUGAGAAAUCGAUAUACUCUAUCUGUUUCUUCUCCUUCUUAUUAUUCACGACAUCAGCCGCACCUGAAUGAACCAUCAGGUGAUAGUGAGCCAGUCGCAGCAUCUAAUAUUGAUAAUUUGGCAACUCCUCAAGCUCCAGCAGCCUGGGAGCCAGAGCGAGAAACAUUAGGCGAAAGAUUGUUGGCAAGAGUUCGAGCAAUACGACCGCAGUUAUGUAACAAAAUUACGGGCAUGUUGCUGGAUCUUCAGCCACACCAACUAAUAACGAUACUUGCCAGUGAAGAGCUUCUUCGUGCCCAAGUGGAAGAAGCAUCUGAAAUGGUUCAGGCAGCUGGUCUAGGAAAUAGUGAUGGAGGAGAUCGUGCUAAUGAAUCAGCAUCCUCGAAUCGUGGACAACCAGCACAAGCAAAAAGUGUACCAAUAGUUCGUGCUUCUAGCACACCAAAUCUCAAUUCUGCCAAUGAUUCAGGGAUAGUUAACAUGGAUGAUGAUACGGCACCAUUGUUUUAUCGUCCAAGUAGGACUGGCUAUUAUACACCAAUUGCUGGCAAAAAUUCGACGCAUCGUUUAAAUGCUUUUCGAAAUGUUGGAAGAAUGAUUGGAAUUUGUUUGAUGCAAAUGGAAAUAUUCCCAUUGCAUCUUUGCCGGCAUGUACUGAAAUUCAUACUUGGACGUCCGAUUAACUGGUUUGAUCUUGCAUUUUAUGAUCCUGUUUUGUUCGAAUCAAUGCGUACAUUGGUAUUUAACGAAGGCCCAACUCGACCUGAGCAAAUUAACAGUUUGUAUCUAACUUUCGAAGUCGCUGUACCUGAACAGGAGGGUGGAGGUACCAUGGAAUUGAAACCAGGUGGUGCAAAUAUUGCAGUAACUCAUGAAAAUGUUGUGGAAUACAUUUAUCUGUUUGUGGAAGCACGAAUGCUUGGAAAUCAUUUAAAAUGUCUUGAGGCUAUUAAGCAAGGUGUAUAUGAUGCAAUACCGCUUGGUUCGCUGGCAAAUAUGACUGCUGAGGAUUUGCGUCUAUUGCUUUGCGGAACACAAGAGAUCUCGAUGACUUUGAUGCAAAGCUACACAACAUUCACAGAUGAAAGUUCAGCAUCACCAGAACUACUUCAAAAAUUCAAAGGAUGGUUUUGGUCAAUAUGUAACAAACUCAAUAAUCAAGAAAAGCAGGAUUUGAUCUUCUUCUGGACCGGUUCACCAACACUUCCGCCAAGCGAAGAUGGUUUCCAACCAAUGCCAACAGUGCUUGUGCGUCCUGCGGAUGAUCAUCUGCCUACUGCUAAUACCUGUAUUUCUCGAUUGUAUGUGCCACUGUAUCCGAGCAAAAAAGUGCUAAAGUCGAAGCUCUUAACAGCUAUCAAAAAUAAAAACUUUGGUUUUGUGUAA